AUUUGACUCUCUCGGACCAAUUUCGAUGUCUUUCUUUCGGCGCUCUGUCCAUGAAAAGAUGGAUGAUUCUGCAACAGCGUCGAGCAACGAUGUCUUGUCUUCGCACGAGAUAGUGUCAACCACAGGUGACCUCAAGUUUGUGGUUGAGCAGCGGUGCAACGGCUCGCAGCCAUCUUACCAAGAAGUAUCUGGUGCGCCUGUCGAGACUAAAUCAUCUCUUGGAUAUGCUGUUGGACCUGUGACGAUUGUCUUGAUCAACAUCGGCAAGAUGAUAGGAACCGGCGUCUACUCAACACGUAUGUCUUCCUCGCAGAAUUGGGGACCAUCACUGCUGACAAAAGCGCANGCGGCGACCAUACUUAAAGGUACCGGCUCUGUUGGAACCAGUCUGAUCUUUUGGGCCUUGGGGCUCCUUACGUCGGGUACAUCACUCGCAGUAUAUCUCGAGUAUGCGUCUUACUUCCCAAAUCGAUCAGGCUCAGAGGUCGUGUACUUAGAGCAAGCAUUUCCGCGACCGAAGUACUUNUUUCCAAUCGCCUUUGCCGUGCAGACGGUGAUUCUGUCCUUCAGUACGCCAUUGAUAGGAGACCACACACCUUCUGCCUGGGAACUAAAAGGCGUCGCCAUUGCUUGCUAUACUCUGGUCACGUUAUUAUUGAUCUUUCACACCAAAACCUCUUACCGCAUAUCUAAUGCUAUUGGCAUGAUCAAAGUUCUGACAUUGAUCUUUAUUGCCAUUACCGGUCUUGUUGUUCUAAGUGGUCAUACCAGAGUCCAAGAUCCAGGCGCGAAUUUUAGAGAUGCUUUCGAAGGCCAUGCGACUGGGUACGGCCUCACGAACAGUGUGGUCAAGAUUAUCUUCUCAUAUGCUGGGUACGAGAAUGCUUUCAACAUUGUCAAUGAGAUUCAAACGAUCAAGAGAAACGCUUCAUACUCUCUGAUCAUUGUGACUGUGCUGUAUAUUCUUGCAAAUGUUGCUUACUUUGCGGCUGUUUCGAAGAACGAUAUCAGAACGUCAGGCGUGACGGUUGCAAGUCUCUUCUACACCAACAUUUUUGGUCAUGCUAAAGGUGUCAAAGCCUUCAACUUGCUUAUCGCUCUAAGCGCGUUUGGAAAUUUGAUUGCCGUGCAGAUUGGACAAUCUCGUGUUAUUCGAGAAUGCGGAAGACAAGGGGUGUUGCCAUUCCCAAGAUUCUGGGCAUCUACAAGACCAUUCGGUACGCCCAUCGGACCAUAUGUAGUCAAAUGGGCCGUCACGAUUCUUAUGAUUCUGGCACCUCCAGCUGGUGAUGCCUUCAACUUCAUCACAGAUCUCCAGACCUAUCCGGCAGCUGCAUUUGCUUUUACGAUGUCAGUCGGAUUGUACAUCGUGCGCUACCGACGCAAGAAAUUGGGUGUUCCGCGAAGCGAGUUCCGUGCGUGGGACGCUGCUGUGAUGUUCACAAUUCUGCAGAAUCUGUACUUGCUCAUCAUGCCUUGGUAUCCGCCAACAGGAGGAGCGACAGGCGGAGAUGUCAGCUUCUGGUAUGCGACUUACUGCGUCACAGGGAUCGGGAUUCUUCUGCUCUGUGGUGUAUAUUACUACUUGUGGCUGUAUUUGUUGCCCAAGUGGGGAAAGUACCACAUCAAGCAAGAAGUUAUGAUGCUCGAAGACGGAUCAAGCACCAAUUCGCUGGUUAGAGUAGCACUGAGCGACCUGGAGCAAUGGAGCCGGACCCAUGAUGCAGCGGGUAGAUUGGUUGUCACGGGCGUUGAGGUCGAGGCGAAGAACGAAGGCCGCCCUGAACAGGUG